AUGCAGAUUUAAACAUUAGAUCAAUUUCAAGAAGAACUUAUUGACAAUGAAUAUUCAGGUGAUUCUAAGAAGCCUUAAAAAGAUGUCUUGAUAAUUAUGAAGCAUAUAGUCUAUUAAAAAGAAUUUUAGGAAUUGCUUAGUUUUAUGUCUAAGUACAUUUUGAUUGAUUGCUUUUGGACCAACAGAAAAGUUUAUGAUGUUCAAUCCCCAUCUAUACUUUUCUAAAAGUUCAGUGAGAAAGGAUUAUGCGAUGUAGCAAAAAAGAUAUUGUAUGCCUGUAAUUUUAAAAGGCAAAUCUUCAAUUAGUUUGGAAUUAGAGUCAGCAAUUUCAUAAUUUCUAAAAUAUUCUUCAAUUUAAGUGAUGAUCUAGAUGCUCUUGAUAAGUUUAUGAAUCCUCCUGACAUCCAGUUAUUUAUGCUUUGGACAAAAGAUUAAGAUUAAUUUGUUGAUCAGUUUUUCGAUGAUUUGCAUCAAGGCAGUGAAUUGAUCUUAGCAAAAGCAAGAUAAUUAUUUCAGAUAAAAGGUGUUAGAACUUGGUCUGAUAUGUAAAUAUAAUACUUUUUAAUGCAGAGAUAAUUCUAUCUAAGAUAAUAUAAAUCAGAAAUGUGA